CCAGGGGGCGGGACCAGGACCACUACUGGGAGGAGGCGAGCCAGGCCCAGGGCCGUUGCCCGGCAACGCCCGGGCGCCGGGGUCUCCGUGGCCAAGCCCCUCCCUCUGAGGAGGUGGGCUCGGGGUCACGUGACUCGGGUCCUACGUGAGGGGGCGCGGUCGGGGGCCCGGCUGGACGCGACCAGUUAGGGAGGUCCGAGGGGCUCGUGGCUUGUUCUCCGGUCCGGACCCCAGCCCCUCUCGAACGUGGGGAGAACUGAGGCCCGAGUGGGCCGACUGCUUCAUCCAUCCAUCCGUCCACCCAUCCACCCAGGCGGCCAUUCAUCCACCCGACCCCACCUCCGCCUGCCUGGCUGCUGUGGUCACGGCCAGGGUCGGAAGAGGGUCAGGCUGAGGCGCUUCCCAGCCUUUCCCUGGAAGUGAGGAAGGCUGGGAUGGCUGCCGUGACCCGGGAAGGGCGAGCACUUCACUUUUCUGAGAACUGAGGAAGUUCUGGAAGUCCCCCUCUCCUGUUUGUCCUCCUGAGUUUGACGGAUUGAAGCCCCAUGAUGGGGUGGACCUGUGCCUUUUCCAGGGGACAUGCAUGACACCCCUCCCCCCCAACGACCCUGCCGCCUCUGGGAGGGCCAUGAAGGUACUGCUCCUCACCGGGCUGGGAGCCCUGUUCUUCUCGUACUAUUGGGAUGACAACUUCGACCCUGCCAGCCUCCAGGGAGCCCGCGUGCUACUGACGGGGGCCAGUGCGGGGGUCGGGGAGGAGCUGGCGUAUCACUACGCCCGCCUGGGCUCGCACCUGGUGCUCACUGCCCACACGGAGGCCUUCCUGCAAAAGGUGGUAGGGAACUGCCGGAAGCUGGGCGCUCCCAAGGUCUUCUACAUCGCUGCGGACAUGGCCUCCCCUGAGGUGCCCGAGCGCGUGGUGCAGUUUGCGCUGGACAAGCUGGGAGGACUGGACUACCUGGUGCUGAACCACCUCGGCGCCACCCCGGCAGGCAGGCGGUCCGGGAGCGUCCAGGCUACACGGCGGCUCCUGCAGGUGAACUUCUUGAGUUACGUGCAGCUGACUUCGUUGGCGCUGCCCAGCCUGACGGACAGCAAAGGCUCUCUGGUGGUCGUGUCCUCGCUGCUCGGCCAUGUGCCCACAUCCUUCUCUGGCCCGUACUCGGCAGCCAAGUUCGCUCUGGACGGCUUCUUCGGCUCUCUGCGGCGGGAGCUAGUCGUGCAGGACGUGAACGUGGCCAUCACCAUGUGUGUCCUGGGCCUCCGGGACCGCGCCUCCGUCGCCGAGGGAGUCAGGGGCGUCACGAGGGCUAAGGCGGCCCCAGGGCCCAAGGCAGCCCUGGCCGUGAUCCGCGGCGGCGCCACACGCGCCCCCGGCGUCUUCUACCCACGGCGCUUGCACCUGCUCUGCCUGCUCCGGGGCUGGCUGCCGCACCCGAGGGCCUGGUUCGUCCGCCAGGAGUUCAACGUCACCGCUGCCGCUGCCGCCUGAGCUUCUGCGGGUGGUUACCCCUUCAUCUUCCCGGAGGGGAGCCCUCCCUCCAGCCGUCCGGGAGCCGGGACACGACCCGAGACGCCUCGGAGAUGGUGGCCGCGGCUCCAGACAGAGUCAUCAAGACAGAAAAGGAAAACCGAGAAAAACGACCAGCGUCUGGAAACAGUCACCACUCCCGGUGUGCAGGUGCUGAUCGUGUGCCAGGCACCCUGUCCGUCACUUGGAAGAACCUUCGUCAUUCUGGGCCACCACGGACGAACUGGUGGCUGCUUCCAUUUUGCAGACAAGAAAACUGAGGCUCGGAUUGGUGAUGCGACUUACCCCAGGGCCCUGGCCGUGUCACACACGGCACAGCACCCUUGAGCCACCCUGGGAACCCUAUCCGUCUCCCACCUGGACCCACCGCAUCCCUGAUCUCUUCUUUCUGCCCAGUUUUGGAGCAUUUCCCUACCGUUGCUCCAAGAGAGGGGCAGCCUUGAAACUGUCCACCUUCUGAUGGGUUCUGAGGUUGGGGAGGAGGAAAAGAAGGCGUUCUGGGCUGGACCCAGCUUCCUAUUUCAUUAUAAAAAUCCUUCUACCUUGGCACAAAUGUGUUCAAAUGGCUGGGUCCUUUCAGUUUGCUGGUUGCAGGUGGGUCAAGAGGGGACCAGACUUCUCAACCCUAUUUUAUUUUUUUAAACAUUG